AUGGGUCGCGCACUGAAGUACCAUGAGCAAAAGCUACUUAAGAAAGUAGAUUUGCUCGAGUGGCGGAAAGAGAAUAACGUGCAUGAGAUUAAAGUCAUUCGGCGGUACCGUAUUCCCGACCGCGAGCAGUAUCAUAAGUACAAUCGUCUCGUUGGUCAUAUCUCCCGGGUCGUCUCGCGUCUGAAAAAGCGUCCGGUCACUGACCCUUACCGUAUUCAGACGACCACGACGCUAUUGGAGAAGUUGUACCACCUGGGACUGAUCCAAACCACCAAGAGUCUGCUCAAGGCUGAAGAAGUGACGGUCUCGGCGUUUUGCCGUCGUCGACUGCCCGUCGUGCUCGUGCGCGUGAACAUGGCCGAGAGUCUUAAAGAAGCCACGACGUUCGUGGAGCAGGGACAUGUCCGUGUAGGACCGACUGUUGUGACGGAUCCGGCGUUCCUGGUCACGCGGUCGAUGGAGGACUUUGUCACGUGGGUCGACAGCUCCAAGAUCAAGCGGACGAUCAUGAAGUACAACGACAAGCUCGACGACUACGACUUGCUUGGCAACUAG